GGUCGGUCGGUCGGUCGGACGGACGGACGGACGGAAGCGGCGGCGGUUCCGCGCUCCCUGCCGGCCCGGCCGGGCUCUGCCCCGCGCCCGCUGCCACCCGGCGGUUGCCGCGGCCAUGGCGGAGCCGGGCAGGCCGCAGCGGAAGCUGUCGAGGGUCGGAGAGAGCCUUUACCGCGUCCUGGGGCUGGAGAAGGGCAGCUCGCCCGAGGAGAUCAAACGGGCGUACCGGAAGCUGGCGCUGCGCUACCACCCCGAUAAGAACCCCGACGAUCCGGCGGCGGCCGAACGCUUCAAGGAGAUCAACAGCGCUCACGCCACGCUCAGCGACGCCGACCGGAGGCGGCUGUACGAUCAGUACGGGUCUCUGGGCCUCUACGUGGCCGAGCAGUUCGGAGACGAUGCCGUCCGGCAUUACUUCCUCAUGUCCCAAUGGUGGUUCCAGGCCCUGGCGCUGUGCUGCGGCGUGCUGACCUGCUGCUGCUGUUUCUGCUGCUGCUUCUUCUGCUGCGGGAAGUGCUGCCCGCCCCGCGAGGACGAGUCCUAUAAGUACGUCGACCCCAAGGACCUGGAGGCGGACGAUGGGGGAGACCCGCAGGUCCCGGUGGAAGCGCAGCCCCCCCCAAGCAGCGCUCAGCCCCUGCCUGCUGCCGAAGCCAGGAGCGAGGCGUAGGGCCGCCUAUGUGCCGGGUUGGGGGGGGAGGGGGGGGUGGUAGAACCUCCUCCCUGACCACUGCUACUCCCCGGGCCCCCCUCUGGGGAGGGGCCACAAUCUCAGGUGAAACCGUCCUGCAGCGCUGUGACCGAGACCGGUAGCACUGUAACCCCGGGGCCGGACCCCCCUGACGGGCGCUGUGUGCCAUACGCUGCUGUGGGGCUGACCGGGGUGUGGGGGGGGGGGGGGAGGGGAGGGAGGGAGGGAUGGAGGAGGGGCUGCCCGCCGCGCCCCUCUCUGCCCCACCGCGGGACCGCACCGCGCUCGCUUAUGGGGCUGGGACCCUUCAGGCACUUUCCGUGGGUUUGUAUAGAUUUUACGGGCACCAUUAAAGGCUGAUGGGGGGGGA